AUGGCUAUCGACCCAGGCUACGGACGAAACAAGGGGAAAGGUGGAUCUGGCGGUGCGCCCACCGAGCUAACCAAGCCGUGCAUUUGGCUUGGCGGACUUCCUCGAGACAUCAGUGAGAGUGAGGUGGACUCUGUCUGUUGCAGGUAUGGUACUGUCUCGGACAUCAACAUCAAGCAUUCCGACAGGGACACCUUCGUGUUCGUUACCUACGCCCGCCUAGAGUCUGCACAGGAUGCCAUCCAGGGACUUGAUCAAAGCAAGUCCUUUGGAUCUGGCAUCAUCAAGGCAGCUCCGGCUACUCGACGCGAGGGUGGCAAGGGUGACAAGCCACGAGCAUCUGAUCGGUCGGAGCGGUCUGAUCGGUGGGAGGAGACGCGACGAGAUGAUGAUAGACGUGGCUCCCGGGCUGACGAUGAGCGCCGGGAUGGAAAGGGCAGAGACAAGGGCGGGCGCGACAGGGACUGGCCUUCCAGCGACCGUCGCGAUGCUCCUGAUCGUCGCCGGGAAGACCCAUACACGGGCCGAGGAGAGAGGGACCGAGACGACCGUGGCAGAUACGACGAUCGCGAUCGAGGUAGCUACAGACCUGCGGACUACUAUGACCGCAGCAAAGAUGAGGGAAAGGGCCGAGGCUCAGGAUAUACGUACGAGGACCGCGGAAUUAGCGAGGGUGGCCGAGGCUACGAUCGGCGCGACGACUAUGAUCGGCGGCGUGGAUACGAGGAUCCUCCGCGGCGAGACGACCGAGACAACCGAGACAGACCCGACAGGGCACCACCACCGCAGCGAGGCCGCGACGAUCGCAGAGUCGAGCGAGCCCGUGGCGACAGUAGGGACGGUCGACGAGGCCGGCAGUUUGACCGUGCAGAUGUUGCUGGUCGGAGAGAUGACCGAGGCUUGCGAGAAGAUCCCCCCCGGGGGGUUGGAGCGCGGGACACUCGAGAUGUCGGUCCGCGGCAUGACAGAGAUCCAAUUCCAGAGCGACGUGGAGCAUACAGACCGGCGGGUCCACCCAGAACCGACGACGGUCGACGAGCUUCACGUUCACCUCGAAGAGCUCCAGCUGAGCGCGGAGCCAACGUUCGAGUAAAUUUAUCGAAUCUUCCUUUCGACAUGGAGGAGGCAGAGCUGAAGGACACUGCGUCUACGUAUGGGAAGGUGUUGGCCUUGAGAGUUUUCGGAGAAGCAGAUAAGCCAAAGCGCGGUUGGGUUGAAUAUGCGACCCGGCGCGAAGCUGAAUACGCUGUGACCGAACUGGAUCAGAGGUGGAGCCAUACAGAUAUUAGCCCGCAGUGGGUGCGACCAUUACUUGGGAGAGUGGCAACAAUUUUUGGACGUUGGUGUGGGCAAUUGGCCGAAGCCAGAGACGAAUUGAUCAUCCCUUUCCCGUGCGACCUUGUGCAACUGUGCGCCUUUCGUCGCGGGCGGCGUUUCAUCAAAUGCUCUUAA